AUGGAACCUCCAAACAAUCCUGGGUACAAUAAUUAUGGCUACACACCGCCACCACCACAAUAUGGCCAAGGAAUGCCUCCACAACAGCAGCCUUCAGAUCCUUAUGGCCAGCCACCGCCGAACUUUUCUCAAUUUCCUGACCAAUUCUCGGCCGCUUUCAAUAAUCCGAUUGUUCAGAGCUACGCUGAAGGAGUAAGUUAUUGUUUGUUAUAUUGGUUUUUAGGUAGAGCUUGUUGAACUACUAGUUAUAGCCAUUUUGCGAUGUUAUACUCGAUAACAAAAGGGCAUAAUAGAUUUUUGACUAUAACUUGUUGGAAAAGACAGCUAGAGACUUGAAAUUUUAGAGAUUUAUACCUUAUUUAAUUUGUUGUUUAUAUUUUUAAACAAUUUUAAAAAGUAUUGUUAAAUUUCAGUACAAGAAGCAGAUAUACGAACAAUAUGUCGCCACAUCAGCUCAGACAUUGAAGUACUACUUUGCGGUCGACACGAAUUAUGUUGUAAAGAAGAUUGCUUUGAUUAUGUGCCCGUUUUUGCAUAAAGUAAGUCAAUGUAUAAAUUUUUGAUUAAACUUUUAGGACUGGAGUUCUCAUCCCGGAGCUAAUGGUGAACAAGCGCCUCCAAAGUAUAAUAUUAAUGCUCCUGAUCUAUAUAUUCCUGUUAUGAGCUUUCUAACUUAUGUUUUGGUAGCUGGAUUUGUUUUUGGAACUCAGGAUAGGUAUGUUAUUUGGAGUUUGUUAUCUAAAAUAGGUAUUUUUAAAAAAGAAACGUGUUUUAUUGUAGGUUUGAACCGGAGAAGCUUGGUUUAUUGACAACGAACGCCUUGUUUUACUUAAUAUUGGAAAACUUGGCCAUAUUUGUGACAAAGUUUGUUCUCAACUUGUCACACACUUUAAACUUUGGCAUUGUCUUAGCUACAGUUGUUACAAAUAUGUCGCGUAAGUUUGCUGGGUCUAACAUAAUAUUUUUGGUUUUGUGGGCCAUUAUGAGGUCUAAAUGGAUGUUUUUGAUUAAAAAGGAUGUAAAAAGGUUUUGACUAUUUAUAUUUAGGUAAAAUGUUUUGAAUUUUUGUUAGUUUAGGUAAUAAAUUUGAUUUUAUCGUUAUUAAACAAAUUUCAGCAUGGUCUUCUGUUUACUGGCAUUUUUGGUUGGUGGAAAGUCAUUAUACUAUUGUGCAUUGGCUUACAGUAUUGUGGCUACAGUAUUCUUCUUAGUAAGUAUAUUUUUGUUUGUGCUUUUUUGUUUUAAGGUAACAAUAUUACAAAAAUUAUAUUAACUAUGAUGAUAACAAAAUUCAGCUCCGAUCAAUGAAAAUCUAUCUAUUAGACAUGGCAAAUCGUGGUGGAGAUCAAAAGAAACGAAAACUAUACUUAUUACUGUCAAUUACUCUAGUACAAGGUUUGAUUAUCUGGCUACUUACGAGCAGUGUAACAUCGUACAUGCCUGGCAACUACAAUAUUGCCAAGAUGGCGUUGGACAAGAUGGGAAUCAAGAAGAAUGAGGUUCCAAUGACUCACGACGGUGAAGUGGACUAUGAAGCAUUGUUAAAGAUGGAAUAG